AAACUUCAGAACAAUGGAGGUCGAAGGAGACAACACCACGAUCACGCGAGGGGACUUUGAACAAAAUGAUGCGCUGCCUUGGGUUGAAAAGUAUCGUCCCACAAGCCUCGAUAAUAUAGUUUCACAGGACGAUAUUGUCGCUACAAUCAAGCGUUUCAUUGAGGGAAACCGACUUCCUCAUCUCCUGUUUUACGGUCCUCCAGGCACAGGAAAGACCACGACAAUUAUGGCGGUAGCGAAAAUGCUGUAUGGCAGCAGCCAUUCGAGCAUGGUUUUGGAACUAAACGCCUCCGAUGAUCGAGGUAUCAAUGUGGUCCGUGAGCAGAUCAAAGUCUUCGCCGGUACAAAGAAACUGUUCCACACGGGCGUCAAACUGGUCAUUCUGGACGAAGCCGACAACAUGACCAAUGCCGCCCAAUUCGCCCUGCGUCGCAUCAUCGAGAAAUACAGUCAAAACACGCGCUUCUGCCUCAUCUGCAACUAUGUCUCCGAAAUCAUUCCCGCGGUUCAAUCGCGCUGCACGCGCUUCCGCUUCCAGCCGCUGAACCCGCAGCUGAUUCGCUCCCGCCUCCUCUACAUUCUGCGCCAAGAGAACGUGGAAUUCGACGACGACGGCGUGGCGGCCCUUCUAGCGCUUUCCCGCGGGGAUAUGCGUCGCGUGAUCAACGUUCUUCAGGCGACGGCGAUGGCGUUCGGCAAAGUCACGGCGGAACAUGUGUACCGAUGUGCGGGGAUGCCGUCGCCGGCGGACAUGGAGCUGGUGCUGAGCUCGCUGAUGGCGAAAUCGUACGGAGAUGCGCUGAAAACGCUGGAAGAGCUGCAGAGAAAGAAGAUGUUCGCGAUGUCGGACAUCCUCACGGAACUGGUCGGGAAGCUGCAGGAAGUGUCGUUCCCUCCGGCGGUGGACGCGUUUUUGUAUAGGGAGUUGGCGGAUUUGGAGGUUCGACUGAAUGCGGGGACGCAGGAGGAGAUUCAGCUCCGCUCACUGGUGGGAAUCUUUACGAAGGUGCGAAGCAUGUGUAGUUUGGCUGUUUGUUAG